AUGAUGCUUUCAGGCUGCUCUGGAGGCGGAGGCGAGACAACUGCUCGUCAAGAUCGUCCCAUUGAGACGCGAGCGAGUCAGGGGACUCAAAUGCCAGUGGCACGCACUGGGCGUUCGAAUCGUGAGCUUCGAUCUGCGGCGAUCGAGACUCUGCUUGAGAUGACAUCGGAUAUCAGUCCUGAACUCCGCGCCAAUGCACUCGAAGCGCUUCAAGGACAGUCCGCAUCGCUUGAAUCGGUCGCGGCACUUGGUUUGUCGGAUCGGAAUGAAGGCGUCCGUUCUGUCGCGGCGAUGGUGGUGGGUCGGCAAAACCUCGGAGAGUUGAGUCCGAUGCUUGAGGGUCUCGUGCAUGACUCUUCGCCGUUUGUUCAAGCUUCGGCGCUCUUUGGGUUGGAGAAGAUCGGUGCAUCGGGUGUUGAUCUGACACCUUUGUCCACAAUGCUGCUGGACUCUGAGGACAUCCGAGUGAGUUCACACGCAGCAUUCAUACUUGGAGAGCUUGGAAAUCCAUCCGCGAUUCCGCUGCUGCAGCAAGCCGCAGGACGAUCGUGGGGGCAGACGGCUCCGAUCCAGCGUCAGAUUUUCCGGCUCCAGGUCUCCGAAGCGAUGAUCAAACUGGGGGAUCAGGACAGCUUGCAUGUAGUGCGUGGCGCGUUGUACCCGGCGCGUCCAGAGGAGCUUGAAGCGACGGCACUCGCGGUUCAGAUUAUCGGUGAAGUCCGAGAUCGGGGAGCGAUCGACCAACUGAUUUAUCUGGUGGACGAGGAUUCUGAUCGUCCGAUGCCUGCGGAGGUUCGUCUCGCGAUCGCGGGAUCGCUGGCGAAGCUGGGACUUCGAGAGGGUGGAUUCAUCGCCGACGAGUACGCACAGGAUCUGAAUCCGGUGAUCCGAGCACAGGCCGCGACGGUGUACGGACGGACAGGUCGCGUCGAGCAUUUCCCGAAACUCGAAGCGAUGCUUGUGGAUGAAUCCCCUCAGGUUCGGACGGCUGCGGAGUCGAGCGUGCAUAUUCUCACCAAGGUCUUUGUCCUGUUCGCCGCUGUGAUGAGCAUCAUGAUGGCCGCACUGGCUAUUUCUUUCUCCGUUAACGCGGACCGGAUCCUCGCGGACUACGACGCGGCACUGGAGCGUGCGACUUCCGCUGAAUCCAAUCUGGCUGCACACAAGUCGACGGGCGCUCAAGAAAAAGCGACCCUCGAAGACGACAAGAAUCGUCUACAAGACGAACUCGCAUCACGCGACUCGAAUAUCCGUCGUCUCGAAGCGGCGAACUCGGAGCUCCGAAUUGCACUACGUCAAGCAGAGUCCGAGCGUGUUUCGAUCACUUCGAAGAUCGCUCAACUCGGUGUGACCACUGAGACUCAGGCAAACAUCAUCUCCGAGUACAAGGAUGAGUUGAGCCGACUCCGCAGCGCUGAGCUUGAUUACCGCGACGAAAAAAUCGAUCUCGAGAAACAACUGGGCGACCUUGAGAGUCAGGUCAUUGUGUACGAGCAGGUCAAGCGUGCUCUGCAAGAACAGCUCGAAGAAGUCCGCCGUCUUGUUGAUACUGGUGGCUCGACCGCGACUGUUGCCUUUAACAGCAACGCAGCGACUGAGAUUCCUGGCGCACCGAUUAGUGGCCGGAUCGAUGAAGUUCGUUCGGACCCGAACACGGGUGAUCUGCUUGUGAAGAUCAACCUCGGCACCAAUGAUCGCAUCUCGAACAACGCUCGCAUGUAUGUCCACCGCAACGGCGCGACCUACCUCGGCGAGCUCGUUGUGUUCCGUGUUGAUCUGAACCACGCGGUCGCACGCGUUGCGUACACCGCUCCGGGUCAAUCGAUCCGCGAAGGUGAUCAGGAUUCCAAGGAGAUUACGAUGAGUCAGUUUGGUAUGCAGAUGCCCGGUGGGGGGCAGUCCAACAAGAGCACGCCUGAUGUAUUUACCGCGUUGAUUUUUGUCGGCGUGGUUGCGAUGGGCGUAGCGAUCGGGAUGCUGUGGGUCAAUGGUGCGAAGCUCGCGCCGGAUGGAAUGCCUUUGAAUGUUCAGGCUGAGGGUGAUAUCAGGAUCGCAAAGUGUUGCGUCUAUAAGCAGUUGACGCGGCUGGCCGCGAUCGAUGUCGGAACCAAUAGCAUCCGCUUGAUUGUCGCGGAGCUCAAACCUGACGGCGGGUAUCGGAUCAUCGACGACGAGAAGGAUCGGACGCGGCUUGGCGCCGGGAUGAGCUCAGAUGGGAUGAUUACAGACGAAGCGCUCGAAUCUUCUGCGAAAGCGGUUGAGCGGAUGCACUCAAUCGCGAAGGGGUAUGGUGUGCAAUCGGUGCGAGCGAUCGCGACCAGUGCCGCGAGAGAAGCGAAGAACGGGCAGGUCUUGGUGGAUUUGGUCAAGGAGCACGCGGGGCUCGAACUCCAGAUCAUCCAGGCUGAAGAAGAAGCGCGUCUGGCGCACAAGAGUGUCUGUCACGCAUUCAAUCUCGAGUCACAGCAAGCCGUGACGGUGGACAUCGGGGGCGGGAGCACUGAGAUUGUGCUCAGCGUGAACGGAGUGGUCGAUCAGCUCUGUUUGCUGAGAAUCGGAGCGGUCCGUCUUACAGAACUGACUCGUAAGCACGAGAACAAUCCAGACUCUCAGUACGACGCGAUGCGUGAGAUCGUCCGGGACAUGAUCAAGUCCAAGCUUGGGAAGUCGGACUUUGUUCCAUCGGUGAUGUAUGGAUGCGGUGGGACCUUUACGAAUCUGGCAACGAUGGCGAUGCACCGGACUACUCCACAAGCAGCAAACGAUUUGCUCCCAUUUACGGUGCGUGGGCAUGAUGUCCAGCGCGAUGAGGUGAAGCAUCUUCUCCACUGGUUACGCAAGCUCUCUCCGAAGCUUCGAUCCAGUGUGCCUGGAUUGAAUCCGGAUCGCUCGGAUAUCAUCGUUGCGGGUUUGGUGAUCAUCGAUGAGAUCAUGCGGCGAUUGAAAAUGAAUCGAUUGCGGGUUCAUGAUCGGGGUAUCCGAGACGGCGUGCUGCUGACAAUGAUCGAUGAACUCGGAUUGUCUGCUGACGGAGAUGGUGGGGGGCGGAUCGAUCGGAUUGGAUUCGCGGAGCGAUUUGCGAAACAGUGCCGAUUUGAGGAGCCUCACUGCCGGCAUGUUGCGAAGAUGGCGAUGUCGAUCUUCGACGACAUGGCGAAGCACUAUGGGGUUGAUCACCCUGAUUGGUCUGUUGUGCAUCGUGAGUUGCUCUAUGCGGCGGCUCUGCUGCAUGAUGCUGGGUACAUUAUCAACUACUCCAAGCAUCACAAGCACAGUUAUCACUUGAUUGCUCACAGUGAUAUGCCUGGACUGACAACUCGUGAGCGAGAGAUUGUUGCCAAUGUGGCGCGUUAUCAUCGCUUUCUGGCAUUCUUCGUAUUGCAGACAAGCUCGAUCGCACACACACCCAGGCGGUGGAUCGCGUCGAGCUAG